UCCUCAACCACACUACCGACCUAUCUUCACCCGGUCCAGCAACCCCCCUCAAAAAGACUUCGUCAGCUCAUUCAUCGUCAUUGGCUGUUCACUCAUUGUUUUCCAGCAGACUGGUGCAUCUGACAAAAGACUUGCUUGUCUCUCAGCUCAUUGCAAUGGCAAUUACAUUAGUUGUUGAGCCGCGGGGGAAACCCAUCAAAAAGCUCCCCAAGGAGCUUCAGGUGGCCUCCGAUGCCUCGACUGAGGAUUUGUACAAAGCGCUGGCGAAAGCCUCGAAUUUUUCCAUCCACCGUCUCCGCAUCACCAAGGGAAGCGACCGCACGCUCGUUCCCAACUCCAAGGACUUGACUGUCGAUGGCACCGGUCUCAAGGAAAGGAGCGUAGUUCACGUUAAGGACCUCGGCCCUCAGCUAGGAUGGCGCACCGUCUAUCUUAUUGAAUACCUGGGACCUCUCAUCAUCCCAUACCUAUUCCUGUAUCCCCUGCGCCCUUUCAUCUAUUACAAUUUCAAGCAGCCGCUCGCCGAGCCCUCGGACUUCCAGCGCCUUGUUUGCGCCCUCCUGACCGUCCAUUUCAUUAAGCGCGAGUAUGAGACUAUCUUCAUCCACCGCUUCAGCAAUGCCACGAUGCCCGCGCGCAAUAUUCUCAAGAACAGCGGCCACUACUGGCUUCUAGCCGGGGCAAACAUUGCCUACUGGGUCUUUCGCCCCGACAGCCCCGCUGUCGUCCGCAACCAAGACCCCUUCCUGUUGUACACAGGUCUGGCCCUCUUCAUCUUCGGCGAGCUGGCGAACCUCAACGCCCACUGCAUUCUGCGCGACCUGCGCCGGCCCGGCACCACCGAGCGCGGCAUUCCCUCCGGCUUCGGCUUCAGCGUUGUCACCUGCCCUAACUACUUCUUUGAGAUCGUCGCCUGGAUCGGCAUCUACCUGCUCAGCGGCCUCAGCUGGAGCGUCCUCCUGUUCAUCGUCGUCGGGUCUGCCCAGAUGGCCAUUUGGGCUAAGAAGAAGGAGCGUCGCUACCGCAAGGAGUUCGGCGACAAGUACAAGCGCAAGCGUUUCGCUCUCUUCCCUGGCCUCGUUUAAAGUUGGUGUGACGGGGGAGCGGUCCAAUCGAGAGGGGAAAACAUGGCAGCACUUUGGUACCUUUCUCUCUCCAACAAAAACACGAGUUACAAGGGGCAUAGUACGACCCCUUUCUUUAUUUUUCCAACCUCGCAUCUGCAAAGGAAAUGUAAAACUCAACGAAUGGAUGAAUUAUGGCAACAGAGCCUGCACUUAGUGGCUGGGAGGUUUCCAAUAUCCUAGUAUUCGUUAUCGUCUGACACCUCUGUAUGGCAGCUGUGCGUUGCAUCUAGCUCAAUGUCGCAAUCGGUCAGGAGAAUCCCCUGCGCGGAUAGUAUCUGAGAAAGUAUUUUCAAAUAUAACCUAUAAU